AUGUUGGAAUAUUUUUAUAGUGGAGAAAUUGAUAAAAGUAAAUUUAAAAAUAUACAUUUUUUAAUUAAAAAAAAUAUUUUGAAAGAAACAAUCGAAAAACAUUCUGAAAAUUUAUUUGCUAUUGCUCAUAAAUACCAAGUAAAGCAAUUAAUGCAAGUUUGUGAAUAUUAUAUGGCUGAACAUAUUGAUGUUGCAAACUUUAAUGAACGUUGUAAUUAUGCAGAACUUUAUUGUCUUUCGAAUCUUGAGAAGGUUGGUUUGGGGUAA